GUGAACAAACUAUUUUUACAGGACCUGGGUCAGAAAGUUCUGUAAUUUGACUCCUUUCCCUUAAUACAUUAUCUUCUCGUGGUUUUAAAUGUUUUUCUACGUUUCUUCUUAACUGCACUGGACUACAUUCGUGUGUGUGCCAGGUUGACCUCUGCAUCCUACCCUGCAGUCUGGCCCGGGCCUGACCUUCAGUUUGUUGAGUGACGACGGGACUGUGAUUUACUUAAUGGAUUCUCUCCCUGAUGGUGAACAUACAGCCCUCCUUAUAGCCUGGAAAAAAUGACAGAUCUUGUAGCUGUUUGGGAUGUUGCUUUAAGUGAUGGAGUCCAUAAGAUUGAGUUUGAACAUGGGACCACAUCAGGCAAACGAGUGGUGUAUGUAGAUGGGAAGGAAGAGGUAAGAAGAGAAUGGAUGUUCAAAUUAGUGGGCAAAGAAACCUUCUGCGUUGGAGCUGCAAAGACAAAAGCAACCAUAAAUAUAGAUGCUAUUAGUGGUUUCGCUUAUGAAUAUACUCUGGAAAUUAAUGGGAAAAGUCUCAAGAAGUAUAUGGAAAACAGAUCAAAAACCACCAAUACUUGGGUAUUACAUUUGGAUGGUGAGGACUUUAGAGUUGUGUUGGAAAAAGACACUAUGGAUGUAUGGUGCAAUGGUAAAAAAAUGGAGACAGCAGGUGAGUUUGUAGAUGAUGGGACUGAAACUCACUUCAGUAUUGCGAACCAUGACUGUUACAUAAAGGCUGUCAGUAGUGGAAAGCGGAAAGAAGGGAUUAUUCAUACUCUCAUUGUGGAUAAUAGAGAAAUCCCAGAGAUUCUUGAAUGACUUCAUGUUAAUGAACAUUAAUCUUAAGAAGUAAAGAUCAGGACUUUUAAAUUACUUUGAUAAUUAAAUAUAUUCAAUAUGUACAUCUCAGUACAUUAGUCUGCCAUGUAAUGUACCAAGGGUCAAGAAAAAAUUAUAUACGAAAAACCCCUGCAAUUCAUUUUGUAAAUAAUGUAAAAUGUGUUAAAGCCAAAUGGAAAAUAAGAUACAGACCAAAAUCACUAAUGUUUUACCAGAGGAACUUUUACUAUAAUAAACACUGUAAAAUAAAAUUGGUGCUGCUUGA